AUGAAAGCUUUGAAGAAAAUAUAUACAAGUCCAUUAAUUCAAGUGAUAAUUGUCGGGGUCGUGUGCUUGCUUACGUCCGGCAUGUACAAUGCGUUGAGCGGAAUGGGAGGAGGGGGGCAGCUUGACACCACGGUUGCUUCAAAUGCAAGUGUAGCAUUAUACACAUGUUUUUCCAUAGGAGGAUUAUUAGCAGGACCGAUUGUUAAUAAGUUGGGCCCAUCAAUUUCAUUGAUCCUUGGUGGUUCUACUUACGCUUUGUAUUCGGGUUCGUUGCUUUAUUAUAAUCACCACCAAAGUGAAGUCUUCACCGUGAUAUCUGGUGCCAUCCUUGGUUUUGGCGCAGCUCUCUUGUGGACGGGUCAAGGUGCCAUCAUGUUAUCUUAUCCUACCGAAGAAAACAAAGGAAAAUAUAUCGGAUUAUUUUGGGUCAUUUUCAAUAUGGGCGGUGUGUUGGGAAGUUUGAUCCCAAUCGGGCUAAAUUGGCAUCAAGUUAACAGCGGAUCCGUAAAUGAUGGAACAUAUAUCGCUUUCUUGGUAUUAAUGGCAGGUGGUGCUGUGUUGGCUGCUGCUUUGUUACCACCGCAUAAAGUAACCCAUGAUGAUGGAACACCCGUUAAAUUGCAACAAUUUCCUAAAUGGAAGGAUGAAAUUAUUGGGGUCGCUAAAUUAUUUUUUAAUUGGAAGAUGUUGGCCUUAGCUCCAAUGUUCCUCGCUAGCAACUGGUUUUAUGCCUAUCAAUUUAAUGUGGUAAACGCGAAUUACUUCAAUGUUCGAACAAGGGCUUUUAAUAAUUUAUGGUACUGGGCAGCACAAAUUCUAGGUGCCUUAGUAUUUGGUAAAUUCCUUGAUACUACUUUAUUAAAAAGAAAAAAUAGAGGGCUCGUAGGAUUACUUAUCUUAUUAGUCACGGUCAUGGCAACUUGGAUCGGAGGUCUAUUUUUCCAAUUAACAUUUACCAGGGUUCAUAAUAUCACGGGUUCUGAUAUAUAUGAUAGCAAAUAUGCCGAAAAGUUAAUUCUUUACAUUGCAUACGGAAUGAACGAUGCAAUGUACCAGAUUUACGCUUAUUGGAUUAUGGGAGCUCUCUCAAACGACGUCAAUGAGCUUGCACGUUUCACGGGUUUUUAUAAAACGAUUCAAUCUGCUGGAGGAGCAAUUUCGUGGCGAAUCGACACACUUGGGAUUUCUUUCUUGGACGAAUUAAUAAUUUGUUGGAUAUUGUUGGCGGUAGCUUUUCCAGGUGCUUUAGCUGUCGCAUUAAGAGUCAAAGAAACCAAUAAUGAAGAGCGCGAAAAACAAAUUGUCAAAGAAAUUAGUGAAAAGGCCAUCGCUUAA